ACCCCUGGUUGUGGAUUUUGGGGGCAGUGCUAAAUUCAAACGUGCUCUGUUUUAACACACGCCUCAUUUCAACUCCACUAUUCCGCUCAGAGCUUCUGCUGGGAGGAUGAACACGAACACACAGAGGACAAUGCGACAGAGAAACAAAGUAACUGUAGUAAGUUUUAGGAAAUAUGUUGUUUCUCAGUAGAAAUUAUGGAUGCAAUAGACUCAUUUGAUCCAUACAGCCGACCAGCGCGCAGGACACAAUGGAUAGUCAGCACUCUGGCUUACCAUUACGGACUGGACAGAGGAGUGGAGAACGAAAUCAUAGUUUUGGCAACGGGGUUGGAUCAGUACCUACAGGAGAUCUUUCAUCAUAUGGACUAUCAAGGUGGAGGCAAAAUCCCCGCCGAGGAUUUUAACAUUUUGUGUGACGUUUUGGGACUGAACAAAGAGUCGGAGGAUACAGAGUGCACUGGGGUUUUAGACAAUUUACCCAGGGAGCUCACCUUCAGACACUUCCACGCUAAACUGUGCGGAUACUUCAGCACCAAGGCGGGCUGUCAGUAUGAGAACGGCCGGCUGCUGGUCGGGAAGGACAGCGAGCAUAUAGAGACUCAAAUCCGCCUGAGAAGCCCUAUGAGGCGUCGAGAUAAGCUGCUGUCUGUGGGUGUAAGCGGCCCCUCCUCGGAGGGACGGCACGCCUCAGCUUGUAGGCUCGGAUCCUGCUCCAGAGAGUGCUAUGAGGAGAUAGUGGCGCUGGAGGAAGCAGAGGACCGAAUAGCCAAACUGGAAGAUGAAAGUGCAAGUUUAAGGGAGCUGAUUGAGGACUUGCGAGCCGCACUUCAGAGCAGUGAUGCCCGCUGUUUGGCUCUUCAGGUAGGACUGUGGAAAAGCCACUCCAAACAUAAACCAGAGGGAGGCUGUUUUGCUGGUCACCAGAAACCAGAGGCCCAGAAAAGUAUGAGCAACAGCAACCUGAAGAGCCACAUCUACAGCGACCUGAAAAACCUGCAGAAAAUCAUCCAUGAGGUCGAGCUGCUACAGAGCUCCAGAGACCAACAGGUAGAGGAGACCCUGCUGUGUAAUGAGAACCUGGAGCAGGAGCUGUGGCGCUCUAAAGAGACUGUGGCUGCUCUAGAGGACUGCAACCAAGCCCUGAAGAGGGAGCAGGUGGGGAUGAGGAGGAAGGUGGAGGAGGCCAGGCAGGCACUGCUCAGUGGCCUGGGGAAGGUGAAGGAACUGGAAGCCAAGGCCAGUCAUGUGCCAGUGCUACAGAGACACAUCCUCCAGCUGGAAUCAGAACUCCUCUAUUACAGGUCGGAGGUGUCAAAACUACAACUCCCAAGCAGCACCAGGGCAGAGCAGCAGCUGAGUGUUGGCAGCAGGCAGGGCCAGAGGUGUUGCUCGAACUCCCAACAUGACCGAUGUUCUCCGACAGGGCGUGCUCUGACGACCCCAGUGGAGGAGCAGCUGUUCCGUUCGGUGGAGGGCCAAGCAGCAUCUGAUGAGGAAGAGGAUAAGUGGACUGAAGAUCAGCAGAGGCAGGUGGAUGAGGUGAAGAGGAUCUUGACCAGGCUGUCCUGCUGUGGGGAAAGGUGCGAUGACAAGGCAUUCAAGAAGCUGAUGUCUAAGUAUGGGAGCUGGAGGAGUGAGGAGAGCUGCAGCGCUGUGGUGGAGCUCCUGGAGAGGGUGACCAAGUUGCAUAAGCAGCUGGAGCUGAAGGAGAGCCAGGUGGAGAUAGACAUGGACCAGAUGAAGGACUCUCUGGUGCAGGAGCUGCAGCAGAAGGCAGUGGAGACUGAGCUGCUUCAGAUGGAGCUGCAGAUGCUGGAGACAGAAAGGGUUCGCCUGUCGCUGGUGGAGGAGAAACUUGUGGACAUCCUGCAGCUCCUCCAGCAGCUCAGAGACCUGCCCUCUCCUGUUUCAGAACGUCUCUCGGAGGUCCCUUGGGAAAAUCCUGCUCAGCACUUUGGGGUCUUGCAGCGACCCACAACAUGGGAAAGCACACAUUCUGGAGGUGCUCAACGCUCUCUAUCAUGAACUGGCUGCCUAUGAGAUUCUGUCUGGCAGUGGACCUUUGGAGCAAACACAGAGUCAACAGUCUCUGAAUGCCCUCAUCAUCUCCUGCUAAUCAAGAUUGCCUCCUGCUGGGCCAGUCAUGUGCCAACAGACUUUCUAGAGAACACUGAAAGCUUGACGAUGCUCACAAAACAAGCCAAUUGAUGUGUAUAGUGUAUUAUAAUAUAGCUUAUAUACUCCUCACAUCCUAUUAUCUGUAAGAGAUACUAGCUGUUCGUUAGUAUAGCUAAGGGCUUUGUUACAUUUAAAGGAAAUUCAUGCAAAUACAUAUGUUUCAAGAUAUUUUAUUGCACAUACUCUUUCAUCGUCCAAUAUGGAUUUUGUUUUUCAACAACAGAGCUCUGAAUGUGAAAAUGUUGUAAUAAGCUAAACUUUAAAGUGUAUUUCACAGUCUGUGAAUUGUAUGGACCUCCACUGGUCAACAAAAUCCCUGAUAGAAUUUAAAGGAAACUUAAUUUAUCUAAGUCUGCAUAUCAAGAUAAAUGUAUCGUUAUAACUUGACAAGCCUGUGUGAUUACAAAGUCCUCUGCAAAGUGUACAGAGAAAUGAAGCCUACAUUGAACCCACAUAACCACAUAUAUAUGGCUGUGUACUUUGGGACCCUCAAGAUGCCUAAUUGAUGUGUAGGCCCCAAUCACACAGAAAGCGUUUUAGCAGGUGGAGGUGGCUUUUUCUAAUUGUUCUUAAUGAGAAUGAAGCUUUUUACUCACUGUUUAUGCACUGCUACAUGCCUUGCUUUUCUGCACUCUGGGCACUUGGUGUUUUUGUCAGAGCACUCUGAACUCCUUGAGUUGAAAAACUGAGCCGAAAAGCCCCCCACAUCAUCUUCGCUUUUUUCCCAUUGUCCAAUCAGAUGAUUUUAGGGGCUGGCCUUCUGUGAUGGUCACAAGAAGAAGUUUACAGGAUGUCAGACUGCCCCUGAUUUAUCCUAAAAUAUGUCUGGAAACAGCCAUCGUGGAGGCGAAGCUCCUGGACAAACUGGUGGUACUCCCCGUGAUCCACCCUCUUUUUUAGGGUCUCAUGUACCCACACAGAUUUUCUUUUUUUUUGCCAGUGGCAUUCAGUUUAAAAACAAAAGGCAGUGCAGUGCCUUUUCUGUGUGAUUAGGGCCUAAUGAUGCAUUCAUGUGGUUCAGUCAUUAAUGUCAGUAAUGUUGGAAUAGAUCAGCCAUUUGGUAUCUACCAGGUGUUUGUAUUCUGGUACUCAUCUAUGAGCGAUAUCAUGACAUGAAUUGGACCAAUGAAAAAGCUGUAAACUUUAAAGCUGAAAAAAACAUACUGACAGUCUGGCUUCAACUUGUUUCCCACUUGCUUGGUCCAAAGUUUGUGACCAUAUCACACGUUCUUCAUCAGCAAGCAGAUGUAGUUUUUUAUAGAUGUUAUGGAUACAGUAUCCUGGCCAUUAACCUGCUACACUUGUUGCUCAUGAUGUGUUAUGGUUGAAUAUUUACCUUGUACUAUAAAUCUUGAUAUCAUGGGACUUGUCCGAGGCCCCACUGGUAUUUACUAGUUUGUCUCCCUUUUAAAGGCAACUUCCUUGUGGUAAGGUUGAACAUUUUUAGCAUCUGAGGGGACAACGGUUUUCCAAAUGCAUCAUUAGUUUUGGUCUUUGUAAGCCUUAAACACGCAGGCAUCACUAGUAUUUAGAAACUCUAAAUAGGCUGCAUUAAUGUGCUAAUAUUUGUCAAAUAAUUACAAUGUCAUUUUUUAUUUUUUAUUUGAGAGGCCGCUGUGUGUGUGUCUGACUCAAGAAGGUGGCACACAACCACCAUAUCACCAUAUCACUUAAUUGUCUCCAAGGGGGAAAUUUGUUACCUCAGCACAAGCAUUAUCCAUGCCUCCAGAACACUCUGCAGAUGCAUUUGCACCACAAAGACACUCAUGUACAACAAGUUCUAUUCAUACAAACAACACAAAAAAAUAUAUGGCCCACACCAGUGCAACUAUUCUAUUGAAUUAUUAAAAGCAGCGUCUGACACCUGUCUCUUUGUGUGACGCAGCAUUACUCAUUCAAACACUUUAAAUGUUUUCACAUUAGAUGGAUCGGUUGCCUUGUAAUUGUUGUCUUGAAAUGAGAGCCUCAGAUGCAAAACCAAUCACUGUUGUUAUUGAAUUGUACCAUUAAAGCCUUUGAUAUACA